UGUUGGGCCUUCCGAGCAAAAUACUAAACAAAAUACACAACAGCAGACAACAGUUCAGUGUAAUUGAACAACAAGAUUGUUGUUAAAAACAGUUUGCUGUUUGUUGCUAAAUGAUAAACAAGUGUUUACGGAAAAACUCUUAACAGUCAACGAGCCAAAUAUUUUAGAAAAAAAUACUUAAGGCAGUGUUUCGUGUGUGCUUUUUAACUUUAUACGUUGGUUUUUUUUCUGGCGUUUGGCCCAACAUGCUGUUUUUACUGGCAUUUUAAUCGUCUUUGACAUCAACGACAACAAACACUGGAGCACACAGCAACAAUGUCACACUUAAAUUGAGUUGACUGCUAAAAACAGCACGCACGGUUUGACAUGUGAAGUGUGAACAUUUAAACGAUGUGUGAUUUUUUCGCCCCUCAAACCCUGCUUGAGUGCCCCUUGUGGUGGCAACAAAAGACCUUUAUUGUGACUAACAGUACUUAUGUGGCUGCUACAAUUUCAUUUGGUUAACUGUCAGUAUUUACUGGUUUAAUAGACAUUUAAGUGGGUGUUAAUUUUCAAAAGUUGUAUUUUUUUUUGCUUCAUUUUCCUGUGUGCCCGUGUUUGAGUGACCAUCAUCAUCAUAAUUUGUUAAUCUUUGUUUCCAGUGUAUUUAUCAUGAACUGAUGUGACUUUUAUUAAUGUGAGAAACAUUUAUUUCACAAAAACGAAAAGCAAAAAAUGCAUAAAUUAAACAAAUAUGACUGAUUUCAAAGGUGUCUUUUGAUUAAUAUUAAAAAUAAAAAAACAAUAAUUUAAUUAAGUGUAACAUGAACAUAUUUUGUGAUAAGUUGUUCAUAACUUUAAUUUUUUUUCAAAAAAUAAAUGACAAUUUAAUUGGCAUUUUCUCUGUGUUUAUGAUUUCAAAAAUCCCCUUAUAUUAGACUGAUUUAUAAAGAAAAAAAAUUAUAUGGUUUGACCAAUAAGUAAAAUAAAAGAACAGUUUAAGAUCUGUGAUAAGAUUUAAGUAAGAAAAAUAAAAAAAACAUGAUUUAAAAAAUCAAUGAUAGACUUUAUAAAAAUAAUAAAUAAAAACGAAUGUUGCACAAUAAAAGAAGACGCAAUCGCUGCAAUUACGGUUCAUAUCGAAACAACAGCUAUCAGAAUCAAAAUUGUCCCAAAAAUUAUAAAAAUCGCGAAUUUAACGAAUAUUAUACAAAUAAUUUUACACAAACAAAUCAUUUCAAUUCAUACAAACGCUGGUCGGAUUGGGACAACAGUAACAGCAGCAGCAAUAAUACAAAUUACAAUCGUUGGAAUUUAAAUCGUAAUAAUAAUAGUUAUCGCAACAAUUAUAAUUAUUCAGAAAAUACAUACAAAGAACGAGAAUCAUCAUUUGCCGAAGAUUCAUUUCAAUACAAUAGUUUUAAUAACGAUAUCAGUCAAACCAAAGAAACUGAUCCAGUUCAAUCCAUAAUAGAAACAGCUACAACAACAACAUUUGAAAAUACCAAAACAUUUAGUAAUAAUAAGUUUAAAAAUAAUAAUAAUAGUAAUACAACUUUAAGAAGUAAACAAUUUAAACAAAAGAAAACUAAAGUGAAAGUUACACAAAAAAAUAAAAGACAAAUAACUAGGAAAACAAAUACAAAAACUAAAACAAAAGAAACGUGUGAAAAUAAUGUAGAAUUUGAAACUGAUUUAAAUGAAAAAGUAUAUAAACAAGUGGAAGAUAGUGAAAAUAAUGCAACAACUUUAAAUACAAGUGAUAAUGCAGAAGAAUUGAGUGUUUCAAGUAAAGAAUUGGAAACCGAAACAGCAAAUUUAAGUGCCAUUGCAUUAAAUGCAAAUGCUGAAAUAUUAGAACAGACUGAAGACUUUUUAAAUUCCAAAUCCCCAAAUACUAGUGUUGAGACAUCAGCAGCAACUACCUGCGCAACUUCUACAGAUUUAUUCCAGCCUAAAGCGCCAACGAACGAAGAAAGUAAAAACGAACCCACAACAGUAUUAGAUAAUUCCAUACCCCUCCCAUUCCAAGAACAUACAAACUCCAAGAGUCCCACACAAGCACCGCUUAACACUUCUACUACAAGUGAGAGUGAACACUUUGAAUUUCAUACACCUAAAAUAUCACUAAUACCAAUAUCACGUCUACUUGCCUCAGAGUUUUGGGAGUCCAACUGCAGCGAUAGCUUAACAGCGCCAGAAAACUCCUGUAAACUCAACAAUACCCCACAGAAAACCGUUUAUAAACCAAAUUUAGUUAAACGCAAACGUAACGUUUCAACCUGCAGUAACUCCUCCACAAACAGUCAAACAAAUAGUGCUACCGAUCGUAUAGUAGAAAAACUGGUCACAAUGAAUAAAAUCAAUAUUAAGAAUAUUAUCAAUAGCAGUGAAACGAAAUACGAUGAAGCCCUUAAGACACAAGCCAGGAAACGUUUGCGCGAAGAAAUACGCCGCCAAUUGAAGAGCAUGAAUAUAGAACCACCAAAAUAUCCCAUAUGCUCGGAUUUUGUACCCGAUGAAAUAGUCGAUUCUAUUGAUAUACCCGAUGUGGUAUUCGAUGAGAUACGUAAAGCUUUGGGACUAGAGCUAUUUCCUUUAAACAAAGAAGAAAACAUAAAAUCCAUAAAAGAAAUAUUAUCAACAGUAACAGCAGAUGACAAUGUAUUGUCAACAAUGCCGCCGACGGUUGAAGCACAGCAACAGCCCUUGUUAACAGUUGAUAUCAUAAAUACAGAACAGAAUGCGACAACUUUAGCGCCCAUGGAAAUAGAUGAAUUGCUAUCAAUUCAAAAGAUCCCUGAACUACCUACUACUAAACCACCACCACCAACAGCAUCCUCGCCACCCAAAGUUAAGUGUGAAAUUAAGAGCGAAAUGAUAACUGAAAAUAAACAUUCUUUGGAGAAAAUUAAGGCAUCAGACAGCAGUCGCGCCAAAACAAAGAAACUCACAAAACGUAAAGAAUCUCAUAAAUCUAGAAGUCAUCGAACUCCCAAAAAGCCUAAAGAAGAUGUGGUGGUACUCAUAACAUCCUCUUCGGAGUCAUCUUCCUCGUCAUCAUCUUCCUCCUCCUCUUCUUCGUCGUCGUCUUCUUCGUCAUCUUCCUCCUCGUCUAGCGAUUCAGAAUCGGAUGUAUCAGAAAAAAGUUCUGCUUCUUUGGCCAAAAGAAAACGUCUCAAACUUAAAGUGGAUGCUGAAAAUGUGGUUGAUAGUUUUGAAAAAUUAAUCCUCAGCAGUUUAAGUGAGAGUCUUAAAGAACGUUAUCGCAGCAAAUAUUCCACUUCUAUUAGUACCAAACUUCAUUUUAUAUCAUGUAUUUGCACCAGUGAAUACAACAGCGGCAAGUUUUCCAAACUACAAAUAGCCAAAGUGCAAAAGAAUCUUAAAUCCUCGGAUUGUUCGAUGGCUUUGGAAUUUCUAAUGAAAGAAAUUGUAAAUGUUUUCAAUAAACAAAAACAGGUGGCUAAACUGGAAGAUGGCAAUAAUAAGUCUGCCAGAAAAUCAGAUAGUUCGCCAAGAAAGGAACCCACAAAAGAUGCCGGCAAGAAGGCAAGUAAUGAACAUAUUGCCAAAGAAAAAUCUAAUAAUAGCAAAACAUCAAGCAAAUCAUCAACCGAUACAAUAAAAACAAAAACUGUCAAUGCAGCAGAAAAAGUUGUAUUUUCCGCCACCAAUGGUGAGAAACACAUUCAACAAUGUGUUAGCAAAGUUUUGUCUCUUUACCGUCAGGAAAUGAAGGCCGCCAUGCAAGCAAAUGAAACAAAAAAUCAAAACUCAAACGCACAGAAAUCGUCAUCAAUACCAUCAUCAUCAGCAGCAACAGCUGAAAAUUCAACAAAGACGCCCCAACAACAACAGCAGCAAACAUCAACAAAGUCAUCAUCAUCAUCAUGCUCUUCAUCACUAACAACUUCAAACAAUAAAGAUAAAAAUGCUGGCUAUGCAAAACAUAAUGAAAAUGAAUCGCAUUUAAAAAAUCCAAUAAAUUGUCUUAAUCAACAGCAGCAGCAACAACAUCAAACAACUUCACAACAAAGUCAAGCUACUAACCGAGAUAAUGAUGAACAACUCCAAUUGAAUACGUCGUGCUCAUUGACAAAAUUGCAACAAAGUGCAGACACUGCCAAGGAAAAGCUAACAACACAAAUUAUACCAAUUCAUAACUUCUGCUCCUCUGACUUUAGCAGCAAUGUCACCGCUAGUCUAAAUGGUAACCUAAACUCAAGUAUUUUAGGCAUUUCUUCAGCCAGUUUUAAUCAACAGCCCUCAUUUCCCAUAGUCGAUCUGGAGGAAUUAAGAAAACAAAGUCCUGUAGGCGAAGUGGUGGUCAAUAAUCUGCGUGAAAUCGAUGUUAAACUAAUGGAACUGCAUAAAAGGAAAAUGUACUUGGAGGAAAUGAUAUUGAAGUUGCAAAAAGAUAAAAUGGAAGCCGAUCUCUUGACCAUAAAACUGCAAAAUGAGAAAUUUAUACUUCUCAAUACCGCCAUGACAGCAAAUGUUACUUCGACUGCUUUGAAAAACAGCAACAACAAUAACGAAAAUUACAAUAACAACGGUAAACAAAAUGAAACCUUUUCAUCUUUUAAGAAUAUAAAAACAGAAGCAUAUAAAUCUAAAGAAACUUCCCAGGAGGAUGUUGAAAAAAAGCAAGAAGAACCUCUUAAAAAGAAUUUGAAACCCCGAUCUUUGAUUAAAUCUCCGGCAGCAAAAAGAAAACCGGUUGCCGGUGCUAAAAGGAAAAUUGCAACGAACGCUACAACUAGUGAAACUCCCAAAAAACGCAAGAAACCCAUAAUAACAAAAACAAUUGCUAAGAAAACUGCAACACCAAAAACCACAAAAUCAAAUCAAAACAAAGUUAUAGCAACAAAAACGGAUAGCAGCAAGAACGCAACUACUAUAAAUCCAGCAAAGUCUGUAGAAGAAUCUUCGGAUAAGGAUAAAAAUGAUAACAGUUCUUCAACGGCACCACCACCACCGCCACUACCAAUAGAACCCACUCCCUCUCCUCCCAAUCCACCAGCUGCACCCCAACCGCCUCCACUUACCACUUCUCCAACAACAACAACAGUAACAGAAAUCAAUAAUAAUCCUCAAGUAGCUAUAACAAAAUCUCCUAUUAAUAAAUCUCUAUAUAAAAAUAUGCCCACUGGCAGUUUUGAUGAUAUACGCAAUCCGAUUACACAAAUACGAAUAUUUGAGGAAUUUAUAUUUGCCUCUUCAGAGGAUGGCAAACUUUAUAAGUUUGAUGUUAAUACUCUUAAGCUGCUGAUGCAAUUUGCCAAACACUGUGAAGCCAUAACACAAAUGUACUUAUGCCCCGAAAGGAAAUUUAUCUUUACCACUUCUCUGGAUGGUUAUCUUAAGAAAUCAUCAUUGGAGAACUUCGCAAAGGAUUUAAAAUCGGUAUAUCUACAAGAACCUCUGCAAUCUAUCGAUAUACAAUGGAAUAUCGCAUUUAUUGGCAGUAGAUGGGGAAAUAUAUACACCUACAAUGUUGAUACAAAUACCUUGUCAGAUAAACCUCUAUGUUCAACAGACUCAUCAAUCAUAUCAAUCAAGGCCACAAAGGAAGGUGUACGUAAAAUACUAAUUGUCUCCUCUAAAGGCAAUCUAAUACACUUAAGGGAUGCUAAUUCUGGUCUCCUAUUGCGUACAUUUGAUGUACCGGAAUCAAUAAACAUAUACAGUAUACUAUUAAAUGAUGACAUCAUUUAUUGUGGCACACAAAAGAAAGAAAUACGAAAAUAUGAUUUUGUGAGCGGUCAAUAUUUGGGUGUAAUGACUUGUGGCAAUGGAGCAGUCAGCAUGCAAAUGUACAACAAUAAAUACAUAUUUGUGGGAUGUUAUGAUGGUUAUAUUUAUAUAUUGGAUAAAACAACGGGAAAACAAUUGGGACGUUUAGCUGGUUCUGGAAAAAUGAUAUUAACUUUAGAAAUUAUCGAAGAUAAAAUUAUCACUUCAGCAAAGGAUAAUACCAUGAAAGUAACCGAUAUACCAAGUUAUUGUUUAAAAAACAAUACUAAAAUAAAUUAAAAAUUUAUUAUCUCUUUUUGCAAUCUAAAAUUAACAUUUCGUCUUUAAGCGAAAAACUAGUAAUUCAAUGAAUAAUUUUUAAAAUUUAAUUUAUAAUUACAUAGUUUAUUUAAAUAUUUUAUUAAUAUUUAAUGCUAUUUUGCUUCAAUAUUUCUAUAAUAAUAUAUACAUACAUAUAUACAAAUAUGAAUUUAUAAAACCAUUUAAUUUUAGUACAUAUUUCUUUUUUUUAUAAUUUGAAAUAAUAUUUAAAAUAGGUCAUUCAUUCAUUAUUCAUAUAUAUCGUACAUACAAAAUGUAGCAUCAUUAAAAAGUAAAAAAUACAAAAUAAUAAUGAAAUAAAAACAUAAAAUUAAAGAAAAAAA